AUGGUUGUGCAUUCAUCACCACUUACACCAGUUCAUUCAAACACAACUCAACCAGCUUAACACUCGAAACAACAUCGUACAAUCAACGCGUAAGAUCGAUGGCGUCGGGACAGCAAUUCAAGGGAGACAGAGCGGAGGCAGCAGCCAAACUGGCCGCCAAAGACAUCGGCGAUAUCAACAGAGCGCAGGAGCGCGACGAGAACUUCGACCUUCACUCGGAGGCCAACUUUAAGCAAGCACGAGCAGAAGCAGCGGCGAAGCUCGCCGCGAAGGAUCUGGAGGAUGUUAACAGAAUGAGGGACAACAGUAGCACCGCAUUCAAAGAGCAGCAACGGUACAGCGAGAAUAGACCCGGUGUGAUAGGUUCCAUGUUCAGAGCCGCCAAGGAGGCCGUGGUUGGGAAGCCUCACCCUGAGACCUCGCCAGGGGCUUAUGAUUCGUGCAGAGAGAGGGUGACGAAGGAGCAGGGUGGGUCGAAGAUGGGGGAAUAUGCAGAUUAUGCGACUCAGAAGGCGAAGGAAACGAAGGAUGCAACGGUGCAGAAGGCGGGGGAGUACACGGACUUUGCGACUCAGAAAGCAAAAGAGAGCAAGGACUAUGCUGCGGAUAAGGCAAGGGAAGCUAAAGAUGCUACGUUGCAGAAAGCUUCGGAGUACAAGGAUUAUACUGCUGAGAAGGCUAAGGAAGGGAAGGACACUGCAACGGGGAAGCUUGGGGAGUUGAAGGACUCUGCUGCUGAUGCUGCUAAAAGAGCUAUGGGCUACUUCUCCGGCACCAGAGAUGAAACAAAGGUGAGUGGAACGGCGGAGGAUACGAGGCGGAGAAUGGAAGAGGUGAGGGUGCAGGAUAAGGACUAUGGAACGGGGCACGGAGGAGAGAAAUUGGUGAUAAAAAUGGAGGAGUCGCGGCCGGGAGCGGUGGCGGAUGCGAUGAAAGCGGCGGAGAGGGCCUUGGGCGGCGAGAUGGAGGAAGAAGGGGUCCUUCGUGUGGAGCGUCGUAGGGAGAAAAUGUGAAGCUGUGUAUGUGUGUGAUAUGGAUGAAGUAUAAUAAUAUAUAGUAGCAAUAAUAGUGUGUUUUGUAAUAAAGAUAUUUGAAGUUGUUGUGGUUUCAUUCCAAUAACAACUCGUCUCCACUUCUGUAUAGGAUAUGCACUCUCUGGUUUCAGAAUGUGUGUAUGCACACUCGUUUUCGUUUUCAAUAUAUACAUUUAAAUAAAAUGUUUCGAUCACUUUUCAUUUUAAU